UUGUGCUCGGAAUCCUCACAAAAACAUGUUGAGUUAAAACUUCAACAGCAUGAGCAACUCGCAGUAACCUUCAUUAUGGACGUGUGGAACAAGAGAGAAAUACCCAGACCCCCAGAAUAUACACUUAAGUAUUCAGCAGAAGAGAUAAGAGAGAAGAAUUUUGAUGUCUGUCUCCAAGCCUUGUUAGAAGCCAUUCUUUGUGGCCAUGCAGCCCUGAACCAUUAUGAGGUGAUUGGGUGUUGGAGACGUGAGGCUGCAAUCCUCUCCGCUACACUGCAUCAAGAAAUAAGACAUCGUAAAGACAAAUAUUUCAGAAUCUUGAGAAAGGUAAAUAAAACUGUCCAAAGAUGGGAUGAACUGAAGAUUGAUGAAUAUUUAUCAAUUCUACAGUCCUCGACACCAAAGGUUCCAGAUUGGAACAAAAGUGUCCGUGUGCCAUCAAAACAGAUGUACGAAUACCUUCUAGUGCGAGUCUUUGGAGGAUUCCGUCUGCUUCUUUGCAUAGAAGGCUAUUGUCGUGAAGCUGCUGGAUACCUUGUGAUGAAGAUAAGGACUGGUUAUUUCUUCAAUAUAGCCUCUGCCUUGUUAGCCAAUGUGGCCAGAAUAAGAGCUCUUGCGCUGGAUUUAGCUGGGCAGUUGGCAGAACUCUAUGAUGCAAUUUACCCCUUGUUAGACAACCUGAAAGGGACCUCUGCUUCAUCCCUUUUUGAGAAGAAGGAUUAUCCUUCAAGCCUCACAACUGAACUGAGCAACUAUUGCAAGUCCCUAAAGAUGACAAACGAUGACAGUGCAAGGAAAAGCAAAAGUGGCACUGACUUGCUAGCUUUUCUGCACAUCCUCAAAGAUGAUGAGGCAGCUGAAAGUACUGUACUGGAGGCAUUGGAACUGGCAGAAGUAAACCCAGGAGAAGUCAAAAGUGAAGAACAGCAAGAAAAAAGCAGCAACGAAAAGAGUGAGAAAUCAGCCAAGGCCGAUGACUACAGUGAAGCAAUGAAGUUACUAAGAGAUGUAAGUCAUGAGCAAAAUGACUUGCCUUCAUGUGACGAAGAUAUAGGGGUUUGUGCAAAUGGUGAUCCUUUAAGCUUCACUAGUAAACUGAAGAACUACUGCAAAUCCAAGGACAAAAAUUACAAUGAAGCUUUAGAGUUACUGAAUGACAUUAGUCAAGAAGAUGAAGGUGUUACUUUAUCCAAGCCAGAAGAUUUAGGGGUUCCUGUCAACAAGGGAAAUGAGGAAGGUAGUGAGGGCUGCAUGAAGGAGAAGGAAGACAUUGAUGGGUGGUGUGAAAUGAGAAGAAAAAGAGAAAGAGGGAGAAUAUGGGAGGAAAUGCUUCAAAACCCAUAAAGAAAUCUAAUAAAAAUGGAGAAGGAAAUUCUAACCAGUCUCCCAACAGUACAAAGUUGGAGCAAAAUGGAUUUUCAAAGAAAAGAAAGUGGACGGAGGAGGAUUCAGGAAAAAAUAAAAGAAUAAAAAGUCAUGACACGCAGGCCAUUUCUAGUGAUGGCCAGUCUAAGUUUAAAAAGAAAAAGAAAAAGAAAUCUAAAAAAGCAGGCAGAGGACAAUAAAGCCAUAUGUGAUUGUGAUACCAGCCUUGAGAUUUCUUUACCUAUAUAAAAUUACAUUAGAUAAACUGUGCUCCAAAAUUUUCAUAAUUUUCUAAGAACUUGAGAGUUUUAAUAAAAAGAUUCAAACUUUA